ACUGAGUCGUGGAGAGAGAGGUUAAGUCACUGGCCGAGGCACACAGCCGGUCACAGGUGGCCCCUGCGUGACGGCUGGUCCCUGUAGGCGAGGCUUUGUCCAGGUGCAUGGGUAGAAGGUCUGGCCUAAAAAGAGAAACUGACAGCAAGGCUAAGCCCUGGGGAAGAAAGUCACCUCCUGCUCUCCCUCCACUGUCCAUAGAGCUGCCUUCUGGUUCCAACCUAGCAUGCCAGUCAGAAGCCUAUGAAGGCACCCCAAGCCCCCCACCAGAGCAAAAGACGAGUCGCUGGAACCUGGUGCAGAGCAGGAUAAAGGAGCUCCUGGAGCCAGCAGUGACCAGGACCAGAGACAGGUGGCAGUGGCUCUGGAGCCUCAGCACCCUCCGGGGCUUCAUGCAGACCUACUAUGACGACCAUCUGAGGGACCUGGGUCCUCGCACCAAGACCUGGCUCCUCGAAUCCAAAGACAGCCUCUUGAACAAGACCUACAGCCUGUGCCCCAGGCUUCUCUGUGCGGACAAGAACUAGGAUUAAAGUGUCCAUAAAAGCCA